GAUUAAAUUGUUACUGUAAUAUUUUGUGUUAUUAAAAAUAUUUAAAAAAUCUUAUAGUAUUCUUUCAAAUCAGAAUCUCAUUAGAAAUUCUUUGUUUUGUCUGUAGAGACCAUAGUGAAAUCCCAUAACAUUCUUCAGGAAAUCGAAAUUGGAAUCCAUUAGUAACCAUAGAGUAAAAUAUCCAUCCAUGGCCGAUUUCGUCGCUGUCAAGUCUUUUAUUUAAUUUCUGUUUCUAUUAUGAAGCACCUUCAAUGAUUUUAAGUGGGUUUAUAGUGUGGAAGUGAUCGUGAGGCGGCGCGGUCUCGGUGAUACUGCUCGUUGGCCGGCAGCACCAUGUUCAGUGGCACGGUGCGAGUAAAGGUUUGCGAGGCGACGGGUCUCAGGCCGACCGACUUUCAGAAACGGCAUAACAUGACCUUCGGAAAGCCAGACGACCAGCCGAUAGAUCCGUACGUGUCGAUAGAUGCCGACGAGCACCAUCUAGACCGUUCCAGCACCAAGCCCAAGACAUUCGAUCCUGUGUGGAAUGAGACCUUUAUGCACGAAGUCCAUAAUGUUGGCAGUUUGGGGAUAACGGUGUUCCACGAUGCUGCCAUACCUCCGGAUGACUUUGUGGCCAAUUGCACAAUCCCUUUUGAAGACCUUAUGCACAGAGACAAGGAUGCCACAGACUUUUGGGUGGACCUAGAACCUCAGGGGAAGCUGCAUCUGAAGAUAGAUCUGAAAUGGAAUUCUCAAGCGGGCGUGGAGGCGCCGCGCGGCGCGGUGGCGGGCGGCGGCGCGGCGGGCCGCGAGUUCAAGGAGGGGGCCGGCUUCGCGCGCCGCCGGGGGGCCAUGCGCCGCCGCGUGCACCAGGUCAACGGACACAAGUUCAUGGCCACCUUCCUGCGCCAGCCCACCUUCUGCAGCCACUGCAGGGAGUUCAUCUGGGGUUUAGGGAAGCAAGGCUAUCAAUGUCAAGUGUGCACGUGCGUGGUCCACAAGCGCUGCCACUCGUCCGUCGUGACCAAGUGCCCGGGUAUGAAGGAAGAGGUAAGACAACAGAGCGCGGUGGGGGUGUCGGGCGGGCAGCGCUUCAACGUGAACGUGCCGCACCGGUUCGUGGUGCACUCCUACAAGCGGUUCACGUUCUGCGACCACUGCGGGUCGCUGCUCUACGGACUCAUCAAGCAGGGCCUGCAGUGUGAAGUUUGCUCCAUGAACGUGCACAAGCGAUGUCACAAGAACGUGGCGAACAACUGCGGCAUCAACACCAAGAUGAUGGCGGAGAUACUCAACGAGAUGGGCAUCUCCCCGGACAAGAACCCACGACCCCGCCCUUCCAAGUACCUCAACGCGGCGCUGCUGGACGGCGCGCCCGACCUCGCCGCCGCCGGGGACGCCGACGCCAAGGACGACAAACACGACGACAAAGGUGUAGUGUCUGCGUGGGGCGCGCACUGGGCCGAGCUGCACGACGUAUUCUCCUCGCUGGCAUACUGCGCCGACUCCACAGGGGAGGAGUGCGCGGGGGGACAGGACAAGGUGUCGCUGGACGACUUCCACUUCAUCAAGGUGCUGGGCAAGGGCUCCUUCGGGAAGGUGAUGCUGGCGGAGAAGAAGGGCACGGACGAGGUGUACGCCGUGAAGGUGCUGAAGAAGGACGCCAUCAUCCAGGACGACGACGUGGAGUGCACGCUCACGGAGCGGCGCGUGCUGGCGCUGGCGGCGCGCCACCCCUUCCUCACGGCGCUGCACUGCGCCUUCCAGACCCGCGAGCGACUGUUCUUCGUCAUGGAGUACGUGGACGGCGGGGACCUCAUGUUCCAGAUCCAGCGCGCGCGCAAGUUCGACGAGCCGCGCGCGCGCUUCUACGCCGCCGAGGUCACGCUGGCACUCACCUUCCUGCACCAGCACGGCGUCAUCUACCGGGACCUCAAGCUCGACAACAUCCUGCUGGACAGCGACGGACACUGCAAGCUCGCCGACUUCGGCAUGUGCAAGGAGGGCAUACUCGAUGGCGCCACCACAACUACGUUCUGUGGAACACCCGACUACAUCGCACCAGAGAUCCUGCAAGAGCUGGAGUACGGUCCGUCCGUGGACUGGUGGGCGCUGGGCGUGCUCCUGUACGAGAUGCUGGCGGGGCAGCCCCCCUUCGAGGCCGACAACGAGGACGACCUGUUCGAGUCCAUCCUGCACGACGACGUGCUCUACCCCGUCUGGCUCUCCAAGGAGGCCGUCUCUAUACUCAAAGGGUUCAUGACAAAGAACCCAGUCCGCCGCCUGGGAGUAUGCGGCGGCGCGGCCGGCAUCCGCGCGCACGUGUUCUUCAAGGACAUGGACUGGGACGCGCUCGCGCAGCGCAGGCUGCGGCCGCCCUUCCGACCCAAGCUCAAGAGCAAGCGCGAGGCGGCCAACUUCGACGCCGAGUUCACGAAGGAGGAGCCCGUCCUCACCCCCGUGCCGCACGACGUCGUCAGAGCCAUCAACCAGGAGGAGUUCCGCGGCUUCUCGUUCGUGAACAAGGACUUCAACCCGGCGCCGGCCGCCGACAAACCGGCGCAGGCCUGAGUGGGGGCGCGGGGGGCGGAGGCCGAGCUGUCUCUAGUCACGCGGGGGGCGCAGGCCGAGCUGUCUGUAGUGACGCGGGGGGCGAAGGCCGAGCUGUCUCUAGUCACGCGGCGCCGGGGCGCACGCGCACCUUUAUGUUACCGUAGUAGUAGCGCGCCACUCGCUGUAACGGCGUCGGACGAAGUAUUAUUUUUGUUACGUUUUAUUAUUUACUUUGUACGUAUUUUGAAUGUACGUUGUCUGUCUUUAGUGUAUGUUAGUUUAGGUGCGCUCGAGUCUCUCACUGCGAUAUUUUUAUAUCACGAGGACGCAAUUUCACUUAAAUGACUCGACAGGAUCUUUCGUCAUACUAGAUAAAGUUAACGCUAAGCAAUCGAUCGAUACAAGCCGAGUGAGUAUAAUUGCGUCUGAUAUAUUUGUGCAAUCACAAUAGUAAGCAGGCAGGGUGCCCCGGGCACGCUGCCGCCUGAUGUAAUUCUAAAGACGAAUACCUCAAGUAAUAAGUACGCUUACGUGUGUCGAGCUCGAACUGUCUCGUACCGCGCCGGGGCCCGUACUCGUGGCGCCGGAACCAGCAGCUUUAAAUAUCUCGUAGCAUUGUACAGACGUUGCCAACCUCGACUUGCCCACGGAUAUCUUAUGAUGUUUCUGUCCAGUAGCUCCGGCGCGGGUCGCUCGCUCCGCGCCGCGACUGCAAUACAAGAAAUAUACAAAGUGUUGGUUCGGUGACUGUAAUGUUUUCCACGGAGUCCUAUAUUGAUGAUAUAGAGCAAUUAUGAAUUGUUGUAAAUAUUGAACAAUACAUACUACGCGGUGCCCGCGGCGCCGCCCGCGGGUGGAAGCUGUAAACCCCAUAAGCAUUAGUAGAGAGUUAUUGUUGCGAGUACUUCGUGUCUGUGUGUACGUGUCUGUGUGUGUGUCCGUGUGUGUGUGCGCUGGAGACGGAUGUAGAGUGUCGCUGUAGUGGACGUUCUUUCAGUAAAGUUACGACGUACCUAUUUAUCGGUGCUUUGGAUUUAAACUCGAUGUUUUUGUAUUGAUUGGGUGUUGUGUUCGUACAGUUACCCCUCUAGGCACUGGCGCUAACAAGUCACAGUCGAACGUUCGGUUGGAUCCCUCGCGCGACCAGUCCGCGGUAUUCUGGCGCGUCUACGCCGUACAGGUGGAAGUAAAUAAUGUUUAACUUGCAGAGUUAUAUUUAUUGUUACAAAGAAUAUUUACAUUGAUAUAGAUUAUACGUUAUACCGUGGAGUUUAAGUGUCGUUAUCUGACUUGUCAGAGUUCAGGUGUACUCGCGUGGAGACGCGUCCAGGGAGGGGGGAGGGGGGGCGACAUUACGGCGGUGAUGGCGCAGUAGUCGAGUGGAUCUGUGUUGCUUCUAGUCCCGCGUCUCGCGACGUUCCUCCAAUACUCAGCAACGUGUGUUAGCACUACCUGCACGGCUCGUGCGGCGGGUGUGGCGGGUACACUGUACACUGUGUACUAUACACUGUACAUUGUACACUGUACACGUGGCCGUGGCACGAGCGGGUGUCGGCUAGUUGAGAUUCUCUUUACAUAAUAUUUUGUUACAUUUUUUUACGAAAUAUUUUAAUUAUAUUUUGAUCGUACUUUAAGUACAUAUUAUACGUUAUUUUUAUAUUAUUGUCUGUGUGUUAUAGUCAACGUUUUGUUUACUUUGUUAAUCAGGUAGAUCAUUAUUUAUUAAUCAGUAUACAGUAAGGUUAGUUGGCGAGUAUGUAUAUGUGUGAGGCGCUGUAUUUGAGUUAAGUAUUAUUUGAUUAGUGUAGUUACGAUGUAAUACCAAAGGUUAAGUUGUACACCGUGCGUGUACUGUAACACUCACGCGCCCGAGCGACAGCACAACGUAUUGCUUUAUGUAGUCGUUAGUGUAUAAUAUUGUAUUGACUAAUCUAAUAACUAUAUUAUAAUAUAAAUCUCUGUACGUGUUCCCGUUAUUAUUGCUAUUUAUUAACUCUUGUGUUUAUAUGUUUAUCUUUGGGUGCGUGUAGUGGUUGCAUCUUAUUAUAUACGCACUAAGGCUUAGUUUACUUUGUUAAGAUGUCUUCAUUUCGUGGCCAUUUUGUUGUAGUGCGGCACAAGGCAUGCCCUGGCUGCUGCCUGCAAUACUACAAUAGUACAAUGUUACAAUAGUACAAUAUACAAGGCGCGGUACUGCCGCCACGGUCGAGUACAUUGCCGCGGCAGGCAGGGCACGGCCGCACCACGAGGACGGCGAGAGUUCAUUUUGAUGUGGAUCGUCAUACUAAUAUAAAGUAAUGUAACUAGGCAUAGAGUAUGAUAGUACGUCCCGUGCGCCGGCAGACGGCGGCGCGCGGCGAGUUAUUAAUUUAUUCGUAAAUAUUUCAUAGUUGUGUGUUGUUCACAUUGUGGUUUUUUAUUCGUACGCUGUGUGAGUGGGCGCGGCCGCGGCGCUGCACUAGUAUACAGACUAUGUAUACGGCGCCGCGCCCGCCGGGACUAGUACUUACAGCCCGCCGCAGCCGGGUAUCGUCGGUACUAGUGCUAGUGCCGGUACCAGUGCUACUUGCUAGUGCCGGUACUAGCGAGUGCUAGUGCCGGGCCCGGCUGCGUGGUUCGAGUGUAUGAGUGUAGCUGUGAUUACGUUGCUGUUCUAUAUACUUACUACUCUAACUCCGGACGCACAUGUGUUCUCAUUUCCGACCUUAUUGCAACAAAACUUAGGCGAAAGGUUUUUGAAAAUUAUUUUUAUUUUUUUGAAAUUUUACACAAUCACAUUAUUUAAUCGUGAAGUUCAAAUGUAUUAUUAUUGUUUGAAGAUGUUAUAACUUUAUUGAUUAUUACGUAAUAGCUGAUAAUUAAACGUAGUACAAGUUAAAGUGUAGUCGGAGCGUACUGCAGUCGCUGAGUGUAAUGUACAAACAAGGAGACAGAGCACAAAGUAAAGCUAUUUAUAUAGAGAGAGCACGCGCCACAUAGUUGUAUUAUAUUGUGUUGUAGACGAGCGUCGACGGCUCAUCUCACGAGUGUACUUCCCUAGGAAAUGUUAAAUAUUUACCGAAACCAUUACCUCCUUAACUAAGUUAAAUGAAAGUAAACGCUUUAUGUCUGUCUGUCACCGACUGUGCCAAAGUAUCCCAUCGUGUAAGCAGGUGACCAUGUCUCCCGCGCAGACUGCGGGAGUACUGCAUAGUACACCCCGCAUGUACCGCAUGUACCGCCUCUACCGGCUCCAAUAUAAAUAGCUUCCUGCAGCUUGUGCCGCGCUGUCCACUGUCUGCUACCGCGCGGGCCCGGCCCGGCCGGACCACUGGCUCUACCACACUGUCCAUUAAUCACGUCGUACAGUCAUCUACUUAAUGGCAAAUGUUCGCAAUUGGAACAUUUUGUUUGGCCUAACGAGUAUUUUCUAAAAGAAUAAUGAAUAGCACAAGCCCAGUGAGGCCAGCGACAUACGAACGAGUGGUCCCGCCCGAGCCAGUCCCACGCGUGCACAAGUCGCUCGUUUGUCCAGUAACAGAAACGAAGGUAAUAGAGUUACACUGUUUAAUGCCAUUUUGUAACGUAAGCCAUAUUUACGCUAGCUGUAACUUGACAUAUCACGCUGUAUUAUUUUGUCUAUGUAUUUUAUAUUUUAUCGUCGUCGGCUUCUGACUGCGUCCGAGCAAUGCAUUGUAGUUACCAGAGUGCACGCGGGUGCACUCAGUCCGUUAUCUAUUUACUGUCGAUGUGUACUGUGUCAAACAUAGAGCAUUAUUCCCUCGCCGCCGGUGUCUGCAGUCUGCACUACACCCGUACUGUACCGAGGGACAUACAGCGGGCCACGUGUGGCGGCGUCACUUAGUAAAGCAAUAAUAUAAACAUUUGUAAUUGUUGUGUAGCCGCUAGUUAUGUUAUGUUUAAGGAGACCUACUUCCAUGUCCCGAGCACAAUAUGUAUGUAUGGCAGUUAUUGUUGUGUUGUAUAGCUGGCCGCGACAUGGGGCGCGCUGUCUAGUUGUAAGUCUGCCAACACCGGGCGCGAGUACCAUCUAGUUAUUUUUUACUAAUUUUGAAUGCUUAUAAAUAAAAUAAAUAUAUUUUACGCUUCCCAGAGGUGUUAUAUAGCCAAAGAGUGGAUUAAUAUUUGUACAAAUCGGCUGAAAGCCCUUAUUUUGUUGUGUAUUAGUUGGAAUACAUAUUUAUUGUCUUGCCAUCGUAUACAGAGUGUAGGUACUGUUUGGUGGGAGUCUAUUGUUUGUGUUGUAAUGUCGUCUACUCUCGGCUCCUGAAUCUCUGCUAGGUACUUGUUAAACGCUAUUAUGUUUGAAUUGUAUUAUUAUGUUUAUUGUUUACAUAUAUGUAUAACUUGUUGUAAUGAAUUCCACAUGGGCAUCAAUGUUUUGUUGCGUAAUGUAUGUUUUCUUAGUUACACUUGAAGGCGGGACACCGCGGCCGCGUGUGGAGCUCGACUCAACAUUAGAUAUUGUUGUAUGUGUUAAAGUUUGCCAGUGGCGGUGUCGCCCGCGAGGGACUACCCUCGGCUGCCCAGUGGUCGGAUAUGUUGUCUUUGAAACCUGAUGAAGUAAACGCUUGAAUCGAAUAUUGAAACGUCCUGACGGGUGCUUUCACCCUUAAUUAUAAGAACGUGAUGUUUAUGACUUCUAAAUUGUGAUCUGAUUGUUUGGAACGUACUGACGUACUGUUUACUGAGCUGUAGACGACAUUACGACGGUAUCUAUAGUUUGUGUUAAUUAUUUGUAGCUAACACGAGGAUUACGGAGUCUGUUGGAGUGUCGCGGCUGAGGCACGGCCGGCCGCUGGGGACCGCCCUAUAUGUAACUGUUAUUUAUAUACAAAGUUGAUAAUAAAUGAAUUUGUAUUAUACGACAUAAAUAUUUUGUAAAGUAAUAUGAAUGUUUCCAUAGCUAUUUAACUAUUGACCGACUCGGUCCCCAGCGCGGCGGGCGACGUGCGCAGCCUCGUAUACCUAUAUUUGUUGUCUGUUCACCGAUCACUAUUAGAACACAUUAGCUGAGUAAAUUAAUACAUAUAAUAUAGUUUUAUGAUGAAAUAAAAUAUGUAUAUGUAAUCCUACAUGUCUAUUAAAUCAAUGAAAAUAGAUUAUAA